AUGAAUCGUCGCAAAAACGCAUUUACACUCAUCGAACUGCUCGUGGUCAUCGCGAUCAUUGCUCUGCUCAUCGGCAUCCUGCUCCCAGCGCUGGGACAAGCUCGCGCGAGCGCCCAAAACUUGGUGUGCAGUUCAACACUUCGUAGUUUGGCGCAGUUGAAUCUGAUCUAUGCGAAUGAAAAUCGCGAUUACUACGCAAGUCCGGUCAAUAUCGGCGGUCAGUACACGGGUAGAGUAAUCGAACCAGGAGUUGGCCAAAUUCUUGGUACUGAGGCGCUCGAAGGAAACACAGAAGCGAGCAGACCUACGACUGUCCAGGACUGGAUCUCCCCGAUUGCGGGUGAAACGCUCGGCUUCUCAACCAAUCGAGCUCAACGAACGCGUGAUAUCUUCAAUACACUCGGCUGUGCUCGUGCCAAUGUCUUCAAUGACUUUGUCUUCGAUAGUGGAAACACCGGUGACAUCGAUGAUUUCGAUGAAGUUGCGGAAGAAGGCAUCAAGCAGGUUAGUUAUCUCAUGCCAACCGGCUUUGCACAUGUCAGUCAAGAUGAUCGGUCUUACUUGGUAGGACUCGCUGCACGCGCAAUCAAUGUGGCGAAGUUUGAUGGUUCAGUAGAUUCCAUGACACAGAUCGAGUCCUACACCGAUCCGAAUCCUUGGUAUCCAACUGGUACACGCUGGGGUGGAAAUGACAACACGGAAGAAUCUGAAGCAUUUGUAGAAGAGCAGUCCAACGGGCGAGCUUAUUUCUCCCAGAUUUGCCUCCAUUUCAUCGAUGAUCUAUGGUAUGAUCAUGCGGAGAAUCUGACCGAAGCAUGGGUGUUUCGAGGUAUCGCCGCAGCAACCAACGCAAGCGUUACCAUCAACGAAGUGCUCGGCUCAACCGCAAGCACUGACUCCGAGUUCAUCGAGCUUUACAACACCACCGGCGCAGCAAUCGACCUGACAGGCUGGAGCAUCGAGCUCUGGGACUCCGAUGUCGACAGCACCGGCUUCAUGGGUUCAGACGGCGGUGCACCUUACGCACUCUCCGGCUCCAUCGCAGCAGGCGGCUACUUCACCCUCGCAAACGCACAAGCUCAAGCAGCAAGCUUCUUGAACUUCACUGCAGACAUCACCUUCGGUGCAAACUCGAUCGAGAACAGCUCAUACACCAUGAUCCUCCGUGACGACAUGGGUGCGAUCGUUGAAGCCGUCUUCAUGACCGACAGCGCUAUGGAUGUCGCAAAUGACGGCACAAUGGCAAUCACUCCUGACCUGACCGUUGGUCCAGAUGGCACCUUCGUGCCAGCUGGCUUCUACCGCGUUGGUGAUGGUUCAUCGACCACUGCAUUGCUCGAGUUUGACCAGGUUAUUGAUUGGCUCGAUCAGCACGAGGAACAAUCCAUCGAGCGCAUGAUCGAAUGGCUCCGGAUCCCAUCAGUCGGGACCGAUCCGAAGCAUGAUGCGGAUACCGCGAAAGCCGCACAGUGGGCCGCGGAUCAUCUCAAGGCGUCCGGAUUCAGCGUGGAACUCAUGGAGACUGGAGAUCCCGCUGGAUCAGGUCAACCCAUCGUGCUCGCGACGACCACUGGUGAUGAUGAUUAUUCAGGUCCUCAUGUGCUGUUCUACGGGCAUUACGAUGUACAGCCAGCGGAUCCGAUCGAGUUGUGGGAGUCCGCGCCUUUUGAGCCGAUCCGUAAAUCCGCUGAGGGGGAGAUUGGAGAACGCAUCGUCGCGCGUGGCGCGUGUGACGACAAAGGUCAGGUCAUGAUGUUCCUCGAAGCGAUGCGUGGUUGGUAUGAAACCACUGGUAAGCCGGGUGGUGGAGUCAAAUACACCGUGCUCCUCGAAGGCGAAGAAGAAUCUGGAUCGGUCAACCUCGAACGAUUCGUCGAUGAGCACAAGGACACGCUUAGCGCGACCGAUGUCUGUCUCAUUUCCGAUACCGGAAUGCUGGGACGCGGGAAGCCCGCGAUCACCUACGGCGUGCGUGGACUCACAUACCUCGAAGUCACACUCAUUGGUCCAGAUCAAGACCUUCACUCCGGACUCUGGGGAGGAAAGGUUCCCAACCCAAUCAACGAACUGACCAAAGUGCUCUCUCAGUUGUGGGACGACAAGCGGCGUGUCACUAUUCCGAACUUCUAUGACGGCGUGCGAGACCUCACUCAAGCUGAGCGUGAUGCGUGGAAGGAACUGGGAGCCGAUCCGGAAGCCGCACUGCGAGGCAUCGGGCUUCCACCUGAAGCAAGCAUCGGUGAGGAUGGGUUCUCCUUCAUCGAGCGUGAAUGGGCACGACCAACUUGCGAUAUCAACGGCAUCAUCGGCGGAUAUACAGGUCCCGGAGCGAAGACCGUCAUCCCGUCAAAGGCGAGCGCGAAACUCUCGUUCCGACUCGUCGAUGAUCAAGAUUCAGAAACCAUCGCUUCAUCGGUCAUCGAGUGGUUCAAACAGCGCACCCCUCCAGGAUGCAAGUGGGAGUUCCAGAAUCAUGGCGGAGGAGCUCCAGCAACCUGCGCGACCGAAUCCGAACCACUGCAAGCCGCGUUCCGUGCGAUCGAGCGUGGAUGUGGCGUAAAGCCUGCGAUGAUCAAAUCGGGCGGAUCAAUCCCAGUCGCGGGACUGCUCAAAACCACAGUUGGUCUUGAAACCAUCUUCAUGGGAUUCGGAUUGGAAGAUGAUCGCGUCCAUUCACCCAAUGAGAAGUUCGAACUCGAUUGCUUCCAGAUGGGUGCUCGCGCUCACGCAGCUUUGGUGGAAGAGCUGGCCGGAUCUGAUGCUUGA